UGCGCAUGAAUUAGCUCAGUGUCUCUCACACACACACUUGCUUCAAACAGUGUUGAGUGGUUUAGAGCCGCUUGAGGCGGGAGGGAUGGGGUUGGAAUCAGGCAUCCUGUGUCCUCUGGAGACCAGUGAGUGCCUGUGACUCAGAGAAGAUGGGGGAGCGGGUGUUGCAGCGUGUGGACCAACCUCUCCCGUAGUUCAUCUCCAACCCUCUGUACCUUAGCCCCACAAUACACCCCCUCCCCUCCAUCCCAUCCCCCCCUUCCCCAAGUCUGUCGUGCAGAGAGUUGCACCUCCUCCGCCCCCUCGGUGUGUGUGUGUGUGUUGGUACAGAGUCUGCACAGAGAUAUAUAUAUAUAGGCAGACAGAGCACUGAGCAGCCUCCUGUCGCUGGCGGCCGGCCGGACUGGGAGACGGUGAGCCGGCCGGGGGUCACUUCCAGACUGAGCGGGGCCAGACAGCGAGCGCUAGCCGCCCACCCUGCACUGUGGCCCGGGUCCCCAGCGAUGGCACAGCGGCCGAGCGAGGCGGCACCGCUCCGGGCGCCACUUUUCUGCUGGACUUAUUCCUGCCUCUUGUGCCUGCUCUGCUGGAAGCCGCAGGAGUGUCAGGGAGCCGCCGGGCACAACCAAGUUAAUUUACUGGACUCCAGAACUGUAAUGGGAGAUCUGGGAUGGAUAGCCUAUCCAAAGAAUGGGUGGGAAGAAAUCAGUGAGGUUGAUGAGAAUUACACUCCAAUACACACGUACCAAGUGUGUAAUGUUAUGGAGCAAAAUCAGAAUAACUGGCUCCAAACUAACUGGAUCUCCAAUGAAGGGGCCCGCCGUAUAUUCAUUGAGCUAAAAUUUACAUUAAGAGACUGCAAUAGUCUUCCUGGAGGUCUUGGAACCUGCAAAGAGACUUUUAAUGUAUAUCAUUUUGAAUCCAAUGAUGAAGAUGGGAGAAAUAUCAGAGAAAACCAGUACAUUAAAAUUGAUACAAUAGCAGCAGAUGAAAGUUUCACAGAGCUUGACCUUGGAGAUCGAGUUAUGAAGUUAAAUACAGAAGUGCGAGAUGUUGGCCCACUGUCUAAAAAGGGAUUCUAUCUAGCAUUUCAAGAUGUUGGUGCCUGUAUUGCUCUGGUCUCUGUACGUGUGUACUACAAGAAGUGCCCAUCUACUUUCCACAACCUUGCUUUCUUUGAAGACACGAUCACAGGGGCUGAUUCAUCCUCACUGGUAGAAGUGCAAGGCACGUGUGUCAACAACUCAAUCAAAGAUGACACUCCAAAAAUGUACUGCAGUGCUGAUGGGGAAUGGUUGGUCCCAAUAGGGAAGUGCAUGUGCAAAGAAGGCUAUGAAGAGCAAGGUAACAAAUGUCAAGUUUGUCAGCCAGGAUUCUUUAAGGCCUCACCAUAUAGCCUGUCCUGCAGCAAGUGUCCUCCCUACAGUUAUACAUAUGACAAGGGAUCAGUUUUCUGUCAUUGUAUGGAAAACUACUUUCGGAGAGAUAAUGACCCUCCUUCAAUGGCCUGCACAAGACCCCCCUCAGCCCCACAGAAUGUCAUCUCUAACAUCAACAAUACCAGCGUGAUUCUGGACUGGAGCCCUCCUGCUGAUGGUGGAGGACGAAAAGAUGUGACAUACCUUGUGAUUUGCAAGAGGUGCAGCGUGGAUUUGAUUCAGUGUGAGGAGUGCGGUACUGGUGUCAGAUAUAUUCCACAGGAGGCUGGCCUCAAGAACACCACGGUCAUGGUGGUGGACCUCCUGGCUCACACUAAUUACACCUUCGAGAUUGAGGCAGUGAAUGGAGUGUCAGAGCUGAGUUCCAUCCCCAGACAGUUUGUGUCUGUAAAUGUCACGACAAAUCAAGCAGCACCUUCACCGAUCACUGUUGUGAAAAAGAAGAUGGUCACAAAAAACAGCAUUUCCUUGACCUGGCAGGAGCCAAACCGACCCAAUGGCAUCAUACUGGAAUAUGAGAUCAAGUAUUUUGAAAAGGCCCAGGAGACUAGCUACACUAUCAUUAAAUCCAAAGAGACUGAGAUUACUGUCGAUGGCCUGAAACCCACCACAGUAUACAUCUUCCAGAUACGUGCUCGCACAGCAGCAGGAUACGGGGGAUACAGUCGUAAAUUUGAAUUUGAAACCAGUCCAGUCUCUUUACCCGCCAGUGCUCAGAGUCAGGUGCCAAUCAUUGCAGUCUCCGUAGCAGUGGGUAUGAUCCUAUUGGCAGUCGUAUCUGGCCUGUUACUUAGUGGAAGGCGGUGUGGAUACAGUAAAGCUAAACAAGAUCCAGACGAGGACAAGAUGCAUUUUCACAAUGGUCACAUUAAAUUGCCAGGUAUACGAACAUACAUUGAUCCUCAUACCUACGAAGACCCAAGCCAAGCUGUUCAUGAGUUUGCCAAGGAAAUCGAUGCAUCAUGCAUUACAAUUGAAAGAGUCAUUGGUGCAGGUGAGUUUGGCGAGGUAUGCAGUGGCCGUUUGAAGUUACCUGGAAAAAGAGAAUUCCCAGUAGCUAUCAAAACUCUAAAAGUUGGUUAUACAGAGAAACAGCGCAGGGAUUUCCUUGGUGAAGCAAGUAUAAUGGGACAAUUUGAUCAUCCUAACAUCAUCCACCUCGAAGGGGUAGUCACUAAAAGUAAACCAGUAAUGAUUGUGACUGAAUAUAUGGAGAACGGCUCUCUUGAUACUUUUUUAAAGAAAAAUGAUGGCCAAUUUACAGUCAUCCAACUAGUGGGAAUGCUGAGAGGAAUUGCUUCUGGAAUGAGGUAUCUUUCAGAUAUGGGUUACGUCCACCGAGAUCUGGCUGCUCGAAACAUCUUAGUCAACAGUAACCUGGUCAGUAAGGUGUCUGAUUUUGGCCUUUCCCGUGUUCUUGAAGAUGAUCCAGAAGCUGCUUAUACAACAAGGGGAGGGAAGAUUCCAAUCAGAUGGACAGCUCCAGAGGCAAUAGCUUACCGCAAGUUCACUUCAGCCAGUGAUGUUUGGAGUUAUGGAAUUGUCAUGUGGGAGGUGAUGUCUUACGGAGAGAGACCUUACUGGGAAAUGACUAAUCAAGAUGUGAUAAAGGCUGUGGAAGAAGGGUAUCGCUUGCCAACUCCCAUGGACUGCCCAGCUGCCCUUUACCAGUUAAUGCUUGAUUGUUGGCAGAAGGAUCGCAACAGCAGGCCCAAAUUUGAAGAAAUAGUUAGCAUUUUAGAUAAAAUGAUUCGCAAUCCAUGCAGCUUGAAGACAUUAGUUAAUGCCUCCACGAGAGUAUCUAACUUGCUGGUGGAGCACAAUACAGGGGGUUUCAGUGUGUAUCAAUCUGUGGGAGAAUGGCUCGAGUCCCUUAAGAUGGGACGGUACACAGACAAUUUCAAUGAGAGUGGAUACACCUCUUUGGAUAUUGUGACAAAAUUAACCUUAGAAGAUUUGAAGAGAAUUGGUGUGGGUCUUGCUGGCCACCAAAAGAAGAUCAUGAACAGUAUUCAGGAGCUACGAGUCCAGUUUAUGAAUGGCAUGAUGUCUGUGUGACUCCAUUCCAAAUCGCUUGAACUGUCACUAGCCAUUCAGCACUUUUAUUUUUUUCCUGAUUUGGGACUUGUAUUUAUUCCUCGGUGCAAAAGUUGGGGAGGGGGCAGGGGGGUAAAAUGAAUAGCUGGAACAACAGAAUGCAAUUAAUGCUAACCUUACUGUUCCAGUAUUUGAAUUCGCUAAAUCCUUAACCCUUGGAAUCAUCAUCAUCACUGGAACACAGAGAAUGGAGACAAGUUCAAUAAGGGGUACAGUUCAUCCAUUUACUUUCACAUCAAGCAACACUGAAUACCUUGGCACGCAUAUUCCUUCUCUGUAAGGUGGUAUUGGCACCUUUCUUUAUCCUGCAAUAGAAGACUCUAAUUUCCUCUUGGGAACAUCUGACUUUCUCGACAGUUUCAAUUCAAUCGAGAAAUGCCAGUAGAUUCAUAAUAUUUUGUGUAAGUUUCCUGUAUCAUGUCUUAAUGAAUGACAGUUGUGUAUUGAACAGCAAUAUUAAGUUUACUACUUAGUAGUAAGAUGUUUUGUAAAUUAUAAGUGCAGUUAUAAUAUGCUGUAUUUAAUAAGUUAUAGAACGUAGUGUAUAAAGUCUUUGCUUGACUCAGUCUUGAUCAGUAUGUAUUUAUUGAUUAAAAUGUUAGCGCAUAAUGAAAUACGUUAUUUGAAAACAUACAUUUUAACUUUGCUCUGAUUAUGUUUGAAUAUUCAUGUGUAUAUACUGUACAGUUUGCUACUGCAGGGUACAGAAUUUUCUCUAUGUAACAAAACUAACUCUUUAAUUUGACUAAAGUGAGUGACACUUUCUUAAACCUUUGAUUCAAAGACCCUGCUUUUUGUACUGUUAGUGUGCGAUAUUGAGAGAUGUUUUACUAUAGUACUUCUUAACUUGCACAGGUGAGGGAUUGUUUUAUUGAAAGAUUAUGGACACAGUUUUCAGUGGGAAUUAAACUAACAGCACCAUAAGUUGGAUUUGCCUUUGCAAGCUGAUAAGAUUACAUUGAGGGAAAGAGUGCAUUCGGGACCCAGGUAAACAGACUGAGCCAACUGUCCUUAAUCAAUCAGCUUGAAGAAUUGUUAAAUUAACAGUACAAGAACUGAGAAAUAUGUAUAAGUUAGAGUGGGUGAAUCCAAUGUCAAAUGAAAUAUAAAAAGUAAAAUAAAAAAGGGAAUUAAUAUUAAAGUAGAGGCAAGGUCAAAAUAAUUUUCUUUUAAAUCUCCAAUAACAAUUAAAACAUUAAAUAAAGAAUGUUCACACUUGUGAUAGUUAAUUUGACAGUAAUUCACAUUUAUUACUUUGUUAAAAGGGCAAUUAGACUGAAAUAGAUGGGACCUAAUCUUCCGUGGCAAGAUUGGUCUGGAUCAACCACACAAAUACAAUGAUGUCAUCAUUCAUUCUAUUUAGAUAAUCUAGGUGAGAAGAUGUUUUCAUGUAGCUAAUGCCUUAUUGGUAUAUCUCAUAAGCAAGAAAACAGUAUGAGAAAUAUAAUGGUACUAAGGAAUAAGGGAGGCAGCAAUGAUGUGAAAAUAUCACUGCACUAGGAACCCUGAGGCCCAGUCUAAUGCGAUGUGAAUGUUAGCAGAAAUCCAAUCAUUACAAAUAGUGAUAUUUGAAUUCAGGUAAUGAAUCCUGGAUUAAAAAGCUGGCUUUAUUGCUGAAAUUAUUGUUGGAAAAGCCCACCUGAUUCACUAAUACCUAUUACAGAAGCAAAUUAGCCCUCCUUACCUGCUCUGGCUUCAAUCCACAAUGGGGCUGACUCUUAAAUGGUAUAGAAAUUGGUCUGAAAUUGCUACAAAGUCUAAAUAAAGGGAUGGAAAUAGCUGGACCACCCAGCAUUAUCUAGAGAGCAGAAACCCAGGCCUGAAUUUGUAAAAUCUUCCUCACUAAUAUCAGAGGGCUUAUUUCAAAAAUUGGGAAAGCUAUCCCGUAGAGCAGUCAAUCAAUAUUCUGAUAGUCAUAAAAACUGAGUGAUACCUUACAGAUCAUGUCCCAGACACACCGUCAGCAUCCCUAGAUAUGCCCAAUGGCAGGACAGGUGCAUUAGGAGUGGAGCAUAAUGGUAUCUAGUCAGGUGGGUGUUGCUCGAGUCUUCAACAUUGAAUAUGGAUUCCAUGAAGUUUCAUUGCACAAGGUCAAUCACCUCCAGGUGAUUAUCACUUACCAUGUGACACUACCACUGUGUUGAAUGGAAUGGAUUUUGAAUACAACAAACAACUCAAAGCUGGAUAUCCAUGAGAUGCUGAGGACCAGUAGCAGCAGCAAACUUUUGUUCAACCACAAUCAAUAACUCAGUUCACUGACGUAUUUCCCCUUUCCACCAUUUCUACCAAGCUGGUGAACUAACCUUGAUACAAUGAAGAAUGCAGGAGGACAUGCCUGGAGCAAACAUAUCUUUAAAAUAAUGUCAAACCGCUGAAGUUGAAGCAUAGGACUACUUAUGUGGCAAAAGGUGUAAAGCAGCAGGCAAUAGAUAAAAUUAAUUGACCCCAGAACCAACAAAUCAGAUCUAAGCUCAGAAGUGCUGCCACAUCCAGUCAUGAAGGAUGGUGGACAACUUAGAGUUCUGAA